UCAAUUUUUCACAAAAAAUUGUAAAUCUAUUUUUUGUAAAUAUAACCAGGAAACAGAAAUUAAAAUGAGCGAAGCAAAAGUGGGAUUUUUAUUUAAAGCUGCGGCGAUUGUUUCAAAUGGUCAAGAUAAUCAUGUUUUAAACAAUAUUUUAAAAAGUUACUAUUUGUUAAAAAGCAGCAAAACCACGAAAGGGUAUGGUCUUCCGCAGAAACAGUUUUCUACUAAAUCACGCUGUUCACAUUGUUUUCUUAAGUGGAAUAAUAAUUUUGAUUGCAAGGUGGUACCAUUAAAAAUAAGCAAAAGACAGAGAAAGAGAAUCAAGCACCAAAAUAAGAUGAUGGGCAACAAUAGGGAGGAAAUAAUUAAUGGCAAUAAAUUGGAGCAGAUAUGUAAUUUCUGUAAACAAACAACAGUUACAUAUUUACCCAAACCCAAUAAGGAGGUUAAAAAAUGUAACGAAAAUGUUAAAAGCGUGACUGCAAAAAUUGUGGAAAAUAAAGAAGCAAAACUUACAAAGACUCACAAAUCCCUGAAAAAUGUAUCAGAUGUGUAUUGCAAUUCAAAAGAAGUAUUUUCAUUGAAGAACAAUAAAAACACAUUGCAGGAUAAUAAAAGUCCUAAAAUAAUAAAGACCAACAAGAAGAAAAAAGAUAAAUUUGCUGGACUAUGUCAGAAGGCAGUGCUAUCUGCUGCCAAGCUAAAAGAUAACUCAGCAAAACCCAAAACCGAUAAGGAUUUGAUAAUUUUCUUGAAACCUGCACAAUAAUAAUCAUG